AUGAAAGCAUUAUUAUUUUGUUUUAUAUUUAUUUGGGCUUAUAUAAUCUUUGUCACAUAUAUUAAUUGCACACAUUAUAUUAAUUUUAACAAUUUAUUAUCAUUUAAUAUACAAAAAAAUAAUAACUAUGCUCAAUGUUUCCGAAAUGAAUAUAUAGAAGAAUAUAAUUAUUUUAAAAAAAAAAAUUCUAUAUCUUUCAAAAUACAACAUAUAAAUAAUUGUGGGACUUGUGACAAAAUAAAUCAAUUGAUGCCCCCUAAAAAUGUUUCAAUAAAUAAUGAUAAAAAAAAUAUAAAAUACAACUACAAAAAUAAUAAAUGUUAUUUAAUAUGUUAUGAUACCUUUCAUAAUUCAAAUAAAAAUGAAAAAUUAAUAAAAAAAUUCACAAAAAAUAAUCUUUGUAAUAAUUACAUAAUAAAUUUAAAUGAAAAAAAUAACGACCAAAUAUAUAAAUAUGAUACACAAGAAAUUGAAAGCAUAUUAUAUUUUCUGAAAAUUUACACACAAAUUAUUAAUCAUGAUAUAAUAAAGAUAGUGAGGAAUGUUUAUUUUUUCAACCUUCCAAUUUUGGAUCUAAGAAAUUUGAAAAACCAUAAAAUCGAAGAAAUCUUUAUCAAUAGUCAAGCAGAAAAUGUAAUUGAAAUAGACAGAGACAAUCGAAAUUUAUCCUACAUUCCCAUUAAUGAAAAUGUUCAAAGUUAUUACAAUUAUUCAACCCCCAUAAAAAAUAAUAUCGUUGAUUUGAAAAAUGUCUAUGCUCAUGACUUUAAAAGAUUUACCUAUUUUAACAAAAUCCAUAAAGUUUUGGAUAUAGACCAUAGCAAACAUAGAAAAAAGAUAAAAAAACAUUACAACAUGCAGAAUAAUGACUCUAUAUGUUUAUAUUCACAAUCUAAUGAACAUGAGCACGAAAAAUCUUUCUUUAAUAAUAAUGCCAAUCCUUUUUGCUAUUUUAAAAAUAUGGGCUUAAAUAUAUGUACACUUGGAAAUGACAACAAUUCAUUAAAAACCGAAAUUGUAAUAUUAGGCAAACAAGUUAAUACACUAGAAGUUGUAAUAAAAAAAACGAAGAAAAUGGACAUGGAUAAUUAUUUAAAAUCUAAUAAUAAAAGUAAUGAAAAUAAUUUAUCCACCAAUAUAGCUUACAAUUAUGAAGAUGAAGUCGAAAAAAAUAUGAACAUUGUAAGAAAAAAAAAAUAUUUAAGCUCUGAUGACACAAAAAAUUCUGAACAAGUCAGCCACAAAAUCUAUAAAAAUUCUGAACAAGUCAGCCACAAAACGUAUAAAAAUUCUGAACACAAUAAUAUUUACCAAUUUAGCGCAUUUAAUAAUUUAUGGUACGAUGUCAAUAAAUACUUAUAUAUAAUGUACGCAAUAUUUGUACACAAUAUUAACAAUUACAUUUUUCAACUAAUUGAUAUGGUUAAACAAUAUGGAUUUUAUACUAAUAAUAUAAAAUAUGAGCACACACAAAACAUUACAUCAUAUAGUUACAAGCCAGAUGAAAUUGAUAAACAUUUUUUGUCUAACAUUUUAUUUACAAUUUUGAAAGAUAUUGAGUUUGUAAAUUUUUUUAAUACGCCAGAAAAAUCUGGAAAUAAUCACAAUUUAAAAAACUUUAAUAUUUGUGAAUUCGAUUAUGUAGCAAAUUUUAGAGCCAAUUUAAUAAAUCCUUUUAUAAUGAAAAAAAACAAUAUAAUUGCUAAUACUUGUAUUGCCACCAAUUUGACAACAGAAAAAUCGCGAUGUUAUUUUGUCAGUUAUGAAUUUGGUGAUUAUUUAGUUCAAGUAAAAAAUAAAAUAAAAAUGGAUGAUGAUUAUAAUAGUGAAGAAAUUAUUAUUGAUUCUAUAAUAUCAGAACAUGAGAAAAAAGUUAUUGAAAAUAUGAAAGCACGUUCAAAUUAUACAAUAGAUUUUCCUUUAUAUCUUAAUAAAAUAUAUCCAGAUAUAUAUAAUAGUGAUUGUAAUAUUUUUAAUAGAUUAAAAUGGGUAUUAAGUAUAUUUUUAAUACCAUCAUGGAUAAUAAUUAUUUUAAUAUAUAUAAUAAUGUCACAAGAAAUAUGGAGACAUGAAUUUUUAAAUCCAUUACACAAAUUAUUAUUAUCACCUUCAAUUAUAAGAUUAUCAUCUUUUAUAAUUUUAUUAAUAUUUUGUAAUCUUCAUUGUUAUUAUUAUAUGUAUAAUAAAAUUAUGGAAUAUGCUAUAUUAGCAUUUAUGACAUUAAACACUUUAUUUAAUACUCUAUUUUUUGGUAAUCUUUUAUUAAUCAGUAAGGGAUAUAUGGUAACACGAAGAUAUUUCAACAAACGAGAAUGUUUAUUUUUGACAUUAGUAAUUUGCUAUAUAUAUAUUUUAAUAUCAUUUAAUCAGCUAAAUAUUGUAAAUGAUGCAUAUAUGCUAAUUUAUUUGUAUUCCUUUUUGUUAUGUAUACUUGUUGCUAAUAUAAUUUCUAUUAUAGAUUUUUUAAGUAAAAAAUUAGCAUACGUAAGAGAUAUAGGAAUGUAUAAUUGGGAGCAAUCUAUAUAUACCAAGAUUAAUAUGUAUAAACAUUAUUUAUGUAUUGUUGUUACAUUUUUUUCAUUUGAAAUUAGUUUACAUACUCUUAAUAUUACUUUUAGCGCAUUUUCCAGAAACGUUGCUUUAAUUCAAUAUACUAUAGAAUUUAUUAUGUGGGCUUCCGUAUUAUAUAUAUUUAGAUAUCGAGGAGAUGUUUUAUAUUAUUCCAUUUUAUAUGACAAAAUUGCUAUUAAAACUAUACCUUUAUACAUAUGUAAUUAUAAAGAAGAAUUAUCAAAAAUGACAGAAUUUGAUAUAGACACAAAGAAACAAAAACGUAAUACACCAAUAAUUAUUAUAAAUCCAUUAGAAUUCCCAAAUCAAAAUUUGUUAUCAUCAUUGGAUGUCGGAUGGAUAGUUAGACACCACUACCACCGAUUAAACAUAUGA